AUGAUACUAGAAGCAGUGACAUCACAAGAUUUAUGGUUUUGGCAUGCAUUCUAUGGUGUAGCUGGUUCGAACAAUGAUUUGAACGUCCUUUACCAAUCACCAUUGUUUGAUGAGAAAUAUCAUGGAACAGGACCUGAUUGCUCAUUUGAUAUGAAUGGUGAACACUACAAGCAUGGUUACUAUCUUGCCGAUGGAAUAUAUCCAACAUGGGCUGUAUUCGUGAAGGCAUAUCCACAUCCAAUAACAGACAAAAAGAAACGGUUCAAGGCGGCACAAGAAUCAGCAAGAAAGGACGUAGAACGUGCGUUUGGGGUCCUUAAAGGACGUUGGGACAUAUUAAAAAUGCCGGCACGGGCUAUGACGGUGAAGAAAACGAAAAACAUAAUGUAUGCUUGUAUUAUACUGCACAAUAUGAUACUGAAAGAUGAGGGUGCUGCGAUAUCUCCUGUGCAUCAGCCCCCCCCCCCCCCCAAUGACGAAGUCGAAGACCCAGAAAUCAUACAUGAAUUGCGCAAUGAUGAAACCCACCACCAGCUUCGAUCUGAUCUUACCGAUCACAUUGAACAUGUCUACAUUUCAACUUUGGAUAACUAG